AUGUCGCAAAAGCAAAAAUCAAAAAAGAAAAGGUUCAACCAAGCGGAGGCAGGGGGCGUACGAUGGCAUACGGCUUUUGACACCCGAAGACUCUAUGACACUCUUUGCUGCAAAGAGAAUUUGAAAGUGAACGCUGACGUGGAAUCUGAAGGCCGUGACGACUGCUAUGUUUGCCAGUUUUUCCAGCAUCCAUCAGCCUUCGAUUCGCCAGUCAAAGUGGAUAGCUCCGUCAAUGAUUGGGAGGAGCCGCUGGAGACGCUUGCACCCACCCUCAGCAGGGCCAAAUCCGCUUUGGAAGAAGCCCUAGCUGUUGAUGAAAGUUUGCCGUGGCGGCGAGGACGCUUAGUACUAUUGGGCCAAGGCCGGGCUGGAAAGACCUCCACUGUGAGAUCGUUGGUGGGAAAGAGAUUCGAUGAGAUGCAGACGUCAACCUUGGGUGUCGAGACUUCAAGCUGUGAGAUUCAUCGCAGUGAUGCAAAGGACUGGCUGGAAUCGGAGCAUGUGUCUGAAACGGAGGGCCUCAUUAAACAGCUGCUGGAAACACGGACCACGAAGGCUGAGAAAGAUGCGAAAGCUGAGACAGAUGCCUCAGGCCAAGUCUCGCUGAUUUUGUUAGCUGUUUGUUCGGCCGAUUCGGUGCUCCGAAGGAAGCCUCAACGCAAAUUGUCAACAGCAAUGGUCAGACGGCUGCCGGUUGAAGAUGUGGCAACCAGAUUGGAUCAGAUGACAUCUCUCGGUCUCAAAGAGGAUGGCGCAAGGUCGAUUACGUUCUCUACUUGGGAUUUUGGUGGCCAGUCAGUCUUUCACAACCUGCACCAUUUGUUUCUUAGUCGGUACAGCGUGUAUUUGGUGGUGUUCAAGAUGACUGCACUGCUGAAAGAUGCAAAAGGCACGGUGGAGAUGGUGCGGUACUGGUUGAAUUCAUUGGCCUUGCAUGCGAAGGGCGCUCCUAUCCUUCUUGUUGGGACACACAAGGACCAAGUCAUAAAGGACAGAGAGCACCACGAGAUCAGUGAGGUACUGUUGGAGAUCUUAGGCGAUCGCUUGAAAGAGCAGGUGACACCUUUUGCCCGAGAGGAAGGUGAGGGAUUGUGGUUUUACCCCAUCGACAACUCCAUCAGUGGACAUUCGGUCGAUCCAGUGGUGGUUGAACUGCGUCACGCGAUCGAGGCAUGUGCCAAAGAAGAUCCGGAAGAAUACUUGGAAAGACCAAUACCCGUUCGCUGGCGUGGCCUUUUGGAUCUGCUACUCUCGCGGAAGGAGUCUUUCCUAACCAUGCAGGAGAUGAAGGUCCUGGCGGAAGAACAGUGUUUGCCAGCCUGGCAGUUGAUGCCAAUGUUGGAGAUGUUUCAUGAGCUGGGAGUGCUUUUCCAUUUCUCCACGCCUAUAGAGCUUCGAGAAAUUGUGAUUCUACAGCCUCAGUGGCUUGUGAGCGGCAUUUGUCAGGUGAUUUUUGAUUGGAGCCUACAUGAACAAGAACACCACAAGCAGAUCAAGCUUGAGAUGAAAUCAACCUAUGACGCCUGGCGUGAGAAGGGCAUCGUUACCCGGCGAUUGCUGGAUCGAUUGUGGGAAUUUGGCUUUCAAGAGCCAGCCCUCAAAGAGUUUUUAUUGCGCUUCAUGGAAGAAGUGGCGUUGCUUUGUGAGAAAUCCAGUGGGCGCAAGCAAGAGCUGCAAUUGUUUGCCUCACGUGCCGUAAUGUCCUUUGAAGGGCAUGAAUGUUGCAUCAUCGCCCAUUUGGAAUCUGAUCUUAUUCAAGUCGAUUUGCAUUCUGAUCAUCCCACUGGUGCCUGGCUGGUGCUGCACACCAUCACGAACUUGGUGGAGCACUUGCGUCUAGAUUUCAUGAAGGAGAUCCGGUAUGAAGUGCAACUCUGCCACAAGGCACUUGAGAAGGCACGGGAUAUGCGAAUACCCAAGCUGGAGGCAGAGAGGACGCCUCCCAGCGUGUUGGUGGACUCUCAGUGGCGUCAGCUGAAAAGCAUGACAGUCAAUUUGGAGCAACUGAACGGGCUGCGCUCUAUUCGUACUUGCGUGAUCCUGCGCAGUGGGGAAAGCAUCGAGAAGGAUGCCAAAGAGAAGUUUGGAGCGGAUUUUCGAAAGAAAAGCAUGCCCCUUUGCUGCGCAUUUGAUGUUGAAUGCCAUGAACGCUGUAAACGCCACAUGAACUUGCCCAUUUUGACCAAAGCAGAGUUGACUUUGCAGAUUGAUCCCAACUCCAGGUUCUUUGUGACCCAGUCUGGGUCCAUGGAGGUGAGUGUACCUCGGAGCAAAGUUGUCGCAGAAUCGCUCUUCUUCAGACCAGCCGCUCCCCGUUUGCAUGAAGCGAUUGAAGUAGGAUGUGCCUUCGGUGGCCUGGCAUUGCUUUACAAUUGCCCUCGCACCGCCACAGUGAAAGCGACCAGUGACAGCCAGGUCUGGGGCGCUAGUGGCACUGCCUUCAAGCAAAUGUUGCAGCACAAUGCUACCAAGCACCAGGCCGAGACCUUGAAGUUUUUGGACUCCACCAGCAUUUUUGAGGGCCUCACAAAGAAGCAAAAGAUUGGCCUGGCAGAGGCCACCUUCUCAGAGGUCUUCGAAGACAAGGCGCGCGUGGUCACUGCUGGCGAUUUGCAGACCGCGAUCUACUUCGUCAAGAAAGGCGAGCUCAAGGAGUUUUCGGGCGGCAGCGUGAAAAGCACCGGCGAGUUUGUCGAUGGUUCGGAAGUGCGACGUCUUGGCCAGAAUGAAUGCGUCGGUGAAGCUCAACUGGUUUCAAAGGAGCCGUUCAACAACACCAUCGUUUCCCAGGGCCGUUCUGAACUCCUGUGCGUCAGCGUGGCCGAGCUCAAGGUCAUCCUCGGUGAAGACCUGGGCGCGGUGUUGGAGAGGAAUGUGAUCCAACAGGGCUUGAAAAACUGCCCACUGAUCUCCCAGUUCACUGCUGGCCAACGCACCGAACUCCUGAAAUAUGUCCAGGUCAAGGACUUCGAUGCUGGCGCUGAAGUUGAGAUUGGUGCUCGCUUUGUGGUCGUUCUUGAAGGGUCCUUAUCAGGAAAAAUCAAGGACAAGGAUGUGAAGUUAGGACGUCGAGAUUAUCUGGAGGAUGAGGCCUUGCUUCACCCAAGCACUUCCAGCGAGAAGAAAAGCCUCGUAGCUGGGGAGCAAGGUGCACGGGUGGCCAUUGUCACAUCGGACAACUUGGCUUCUGCCCUCAAGGGCCUUGGCGUGUCUAUGGCGAGUGCAGAAGAUGCCUCGGACUUCACCCGAAAAAUGCUGUUGGCGAAGAAGGUGCACAUUUUCAGGCAUCUUUCAGAAGAGCAGACGAAGCGGGUAGUGGAAUCAUUCGACACGAAGAAGUACUCCAAAGGUGAUACAGUCAUCAAACAAGGUGAGCCUGGCACUUCUUUCUUCGUGAUCGCCUCGGGUGAGCUGGAGGUCUUCAUUAAGGAUCAAGCAGGUGAAGAGAAACGCGUGCGAAGCAUGGCGAAAAACUCCUACAUCGGUGAGCGGGCGUUACUGUUCCACGAGCCACGGACAGCAACGGUGAAGGUCAUUUCGCAAGAUGCAGAGCUUUGGGCGAUUGAGAAGGCUACCUUCGAAAAGAUUAUUGCUGGAAAUAUGCAGCAGCAGCUGAUGAAUCGCAUCAGGCUGCAGGACACAAACUUUGGCCUCAAGGAUUUGAUCCAAGUGAAAGUGAUUGGUGCAGGUGCUGCAGGCGUGGUGCGAUUGGUGGAGCACAACUUCACUCGCACACGCUAUGCGCUAAAACGCGUAAAGAAAGUGGACGGCGAAGUACCCGAAGAAGUGCAGCGCGAGUGCUCAUUGUUGAAAGACAUUGAUCAUCCUUUUAUCAUGACGCAAGUUAACACCUUCGAGACAAAGAAGAGCGUGUAUAUCCUUACUGAGCUCAUCACUGGUGGAGAGCUGCAUGGUGCAAUCCGAGAAAUCCCAACGGUGCUUGGUCGAGCGCAGGCGCAGUUCUACACUGGCUCUUUGGUGAUUGUCCUGGAGGAGCUCUCGGAGCGCAACAUUUUGUACAGGGAUUUAAAGCCGGAGAAUGUGAUGUUAGAUGCCCAGGGCUAUUUGAAGCUCAUAGAUUUUGGCAUCGCCAAGAAGUUGCCUGAUGGAGAAUCAAAGACCUUCACCAUGAUUGGCACUCCGCAUUACAUGGCACCUGAAGUCAUGCGUGGGCACGGCUAUGGGACGGAGGUCGACCUUUGGUCCAUGGGAGUUAUGCUUUUUGAAUUUGUUUGCGGCUACUUACCCUUUGCGGAUGACCUUGAUGAUCCGACGGAGGUGUGCACUGCUGUGCUGAAGGACACCCUACAGUUCCCGUCGAGCUACAAGGACGCUAAUGGCAAAACCUUGAUGAAAGGUUUGCUGACCCGACAGCCCCGGAAACGCUUGGGUUCUGGGCUUGGUGGAUGGGAGGAUGUGCGUGGUGCAGAGUAUUUCUUGCACGGCCACGCGGGUGGCUCCUUGUUCGACAAGCUCUUGGGCCGUGAGCUGCAGCCUCCGUGGGUGCCAAAGGCGGGUUGCUUUGGAAGAAGUAGCCUUUGA